ACCCAAUUACUGUGUUUAGAGAUGAGAAAAUAUGAUAAGAAAUCUAUAUAAUAUGAGAAGAAGGUUUUUGAAUUUUUGUGAGAUUCACGUCAUUGUUGGGCCAAUGUUCGCUCGAAAAACAACAGCUCUCCUUCGUCGAGUCAAAUCUGAGGGCAACAAUGGUAGAAAUGUUGCGAUAAUAAAGUCAAGCAAGGAUACGAGAUAUGCGGUUGACUCGGUGGUGACACAUGAUGGGACAAAGUUUCCCUGUUGGGUGUUGCCGGAUCUGUUGUCAUUUAGGCAAAAAUUUGGAGAUGAGGCUUAUGCCAAGCUGGAUGUGAUUGGCAUUGAUGAAGCUCAAUUUUUUGGCGACCUUUAUGAUUUUUGCUGCAAGGUUGCUGACCAUGAUGGGAAAACUGUAAUAGUUGCUGGGCUAGAUGGGGACUACUUAAGGUUUUUCUUAUAGAUUAAUUCUUUUUUUUUUUCUUUUCCUUGAUGCAAAUUUGUGACGGGCCUUUGUUGUGGUGUUUUUGCUUGAUAAUAUAAAUAUUUUUCGUAUGCCCGUGUCUAGGCAUACACAAAA